GAACGCGCAGCUGUGGGCUGUGGUGCCGGAGAAGGGAGGCUGCGCCUGCGCGGGAAGUCAAGGCCGGGCGUGCGAGUGGGGCGGCCCUCCCCGGCAGGCGUCUGGAGUGGGCCGGAGGACAGAGCCCGCGGAAGCGGCGCCGAGGCCAGAACGGCUGCGGGUCUCUGGCCUGGGUCAGUGACGAGCCCUGGGACCCGGCUGGGCCCGGCCUGGUGCUCCCAUCGGCAUCCAACGUGCGCCUCCCGGGGAACGACACCCGACUAGGUCCCUGCCCCUGGUUUCGGGAUGUACCCGGCAGGUGUGCGGGAGAGCGAGGCCUGGGCUUGGUUUUCUAUCAGAUGAUCCAUCGUAAUAAUGCUGGAGUUAAGAAGUCUCCAUUCCUUUGCUUGGAACCAGAAGAGUUUUUCCCCUGCAUAUAGAGUAGGAGUAAUGUUGGUUAGAAACUGGCUGGUGUUUAACACUGAAGAUUGUCAUGACUGUUUAACCUAAGCUCCAUGCUGAAGUAAGAUUAAUUGUCUUGGAAAUACUAAAUUGGGGUAACCCAAAUCUGUUUCUGGAACCAUGAAAAUUUUGUUGGUUUUUGACUUUGACAAUACAAUCAUAGAUGAUAAUAGCGAUACCUGGAUUGUACAAUGUGCUCCAGAGAAAAAGCUUCCUAUUGAACUACAAGAUUCUUAUGAAAAAGGAUUUUGGACAGAAUUUAUGGGCAGAGUCUUUAAGUAUUUGGGAGAUGAAGGUGUAAGAGAAGAUGAAAUGAAAAGAGCAAUGAUAUCAAUACCUUUCACUCCAGGGAUGGUGGAGCUUUUAAACUUUAUAAGAAAGAACAAGGAUAAAUUUGACUGCAUCAUUAUUUCAGAUUCAAAUUCAGUCUUCAUAGAUUGGGUUUUAGAAGCUACCAAUUUUCAUGACGUGUUUGAUAAAGUCUUUACAAAUCCAGCAGCUUUUGAUAGCGAUGGUCAUCUCACUGUGGAAAAUUAUCAUGCUCAUUCUUGCACUAGGUGCCCCCCUAAUCUUUGCAAAAAUGUAGUUUUGGUAGAAUUUGUAGGUAAACAGUUACAACGAGGAGUGAAUUAUACACGAGUUGUUUAUAUAGGUGAUGGCGGAAACGAUGUCUGUCCAGUAACCUUUUUAAAGAAGAAUGAUGUUGCAAUGCCACGGAAAGGAUAUACUUUACAGAAAACUCUUUCUAGGAUGUCUCAAAAUCUUGAGCCUAUGGAGUCUUCUGUUGUAUCUUGGUCUUCAGGUGUUGAAAUAAUUUCUCAUUUACAAUUUCUAAUAAAGGAGUAAUAUGCCAAUAAUUGCAAUGUGUAUCA